AUGUGUGAUGCAAGCGACUAUGUUGUAGGAGCUGUCUUAGGCCAAAGGAAAGAUAAGAAACUCCACGCAAUAUAUUAUGCAAGUAGGACCCUAGACCCUGCGCAAAUGAAUUACGCCACAAUUGAAAAGGAACUCCUGGACGUGGUCUUCGUGUUAGAUAAGUUUCGUUCCUAUUUAAUAGGAGCAAAGAUAAUAGUUUACACCGACCAUGCAGCCAUUAAGUGUCUACUAGCUAAACAAGAAGCAAAACCUAGACUAUUAAGGUGGAUCCUACUACUACAAGAAUUUGAUUUGGAAAUCAAAGAUAAAAAGGGAAUCGAAAACGUUGUAGCCGACCAUUUAUCUAGGAUGGAAGGUAUUAAGACAGAAGAAACACCAAUCAAUGAUGAUUUCCCUUAUGAACGCUUAAUUGCACAUUUAGAAUCCAAAAGCGACACAUUGGAACAACCAAAAGCGCAAACCGUUAAAACACUAAGCACUGGAACCACACUGCCAUGGUAUGCCGAUUUCGUCAAUUACCUAGCUGCAAGAGUGCUUCCGCCCGACAUGACUUAUCAACAAAAGAAGAAGUUCUUCCAUGACCUUAAACAGUAUUAUUGGGAUGAACCCCUACUAUUCAAGAGAGGCGCUGAUGGGAUAUUCCACCGAUGUGUUCCGGAAGAAGAAAUAGAAAGCAUAAUACAUCAUUGCCAUGAUGACCCCUAUGGUGGGCAUUCUAGCACAUCAAAGACAUGCGCUAAGAUUCUGCAGGCAGGUCUCUUUUGGCCCAACCUGUGGAAGGAUGUCCACAUGGCUGUUAGAAACUGUGAUCGAUGUCAGCACACUGGAAACAUAUCUAGACGAGAUGAAAUGCCUCAAAAGGGCAUUUUAGAAGUAGAAAUCUUUGAUGUGUGGGGAAUCAAUUUUAUGGGACCUUUCCCAUCUUCUUUCAGUAAUAACUACAUACUUGUCGCAGUCGAUUACGUAUCUAAAUGGAUAGAAGCUGUAGCCUCACCCACAAACGAUGCACAAGUAGUUAUUAAGCUAUUCAAAAAUAUAAUCUUUCCAAGAUUUGGUGUACCAAGAUUAGUCAUUAGCGACGGAGGAUCCCACUUCGUAUCUAGAAUUUUCGAAAAACUCUUAGUGAAAUAUAGAGUCCGACACCGUGUAGCAACGCCCUAUCACCCACAAACUAGUGGACAAUUUGAAGUCUCGAAUAGACAAAUUAAGCAAAUACUUGAAAGGACUGUUUCCACAUCUAGGAAGGAUUGGUCAACUAAGUUACACGAAGCAUUAUGGGCGUAUAGAACCGCCUACAAGACACCAAUAGGAACCACACCCUUCAAAUUAGCAUACGGUAAAUCUUGUCAUCUAUCGGUGGAACUAGAGCAUAAAGCCUACUGGGCAAUAAAAACCUUAAACCUAAGUUACACCGUCGUAGGCGAAAGAAGGCUUUUGGAUAUCAACGAGUAG